AUGUUGCACCAGGUUGAUUUUCGUUUAGUUGCUUCUUCGAACAAAAGUAAUGCUAAUCCUGAAUUAUCGACGUUAGAAAAACCAAAUUUAGAAAGCAUAACAUUAAUUUGGUAUGAUCCACAAAACGACAAAACUGAAGAUACAAAGCGAACAUUAGAAACAUUACGAGAAAUCAAUGAUAAGGUAAUAUUGUACUCAGAUUGGGUCGAGUGUAUCACGUAUAUGCGAUCAAUUGAGAACGAAAAAAUAUUUCUUAUCACAUCGGGAAAAGAAUUUACAUCGAUAAUGUCAGAAAUUAAACCGUUGAAACAAAUUGAUUCAAUAUUCAUUCUCUGUCUCGAAAUUGACCAAUAUGAAACUCUGUUACAGUCAAAUGAAUUAAUUGUUGGCAUUUAUUGUGAGAUUUCCGCGUUGAUCGAAUCCAUCAAGCAACAAGUCGAACUUCUACACAGACAGGUUGAUGCAUUCACCUUUUAUAAUGAACAUCAAGAAAACUCUACACAUGAUUUAUCAAAAGAGUCCGCAGAAUUUUUAUGGUUUCAAUUAUUUAAAGAUGUUAUCUUACGAAUGCCGCGAAAGGACCAAGCUAAAAAGGAGUUAAUUGAAUUUGCUUGUCAAUUUUAUCGUAGAGACGGAAAAGAAAAGCAAAAUAUUAUCGAUUUCGAGCAAUCGUACCAUGUGGAUGAAAGUAUUUAUUGGUAUACAAAAAAUUCGUUUUUAUAUAAACUUGUGAACAAAGCUUUACGUACGGAAGAUAUAGAACAACUGCAUAUAUUUCGAUUCUUCAUCAGUGACUUAUCAUCGGAGCUAGCCCGCAUGCAUAAAAGUCAAAUUCGAAAACAAAAAAAUACGAUUAAAUUGUAUCGUGGCUUAAAAAUGGGAAACGACGAAUUGACGAAAUUAAAAGAAAAUCUCGGUUGUAUAAUUUCCGCUAACGGAUUUCUUUCUACUAGUUAUUCAAAAGAUAUUGCUAUGGAAUUUGCAACAAAGCCUACAAAACGAACCAACAUAGUUUCUGUGCUCCAAGAAAUCGAAUGCAGUUCAGACAUAUUGGAAUCGAUUGUUUUUGCCAAUAUAACAAAGUAUAGUGAAUUUGAACAGGAGCAGGAAGUAUUAUUUGAUCUAAGCAGUACAUUUAAAAUCGAAUCGAUUAGCGAGAAUGACCCGCAGAUAGUUGUAGUAAAACUUACAGCGACUGAUGCCGGUACGAAAAUAGCCAAAAAAUAUGUUGAUCUGAACAGAAAAAGGAAUGAGGAAACUACUCCAGAUAUUCUAUUCGGAAUAUUAUUAGUUCAGAUGGGUAAAUAUGAUCAAUCGCUCACCUAUUUCAAAAAUUUAUUGAACUCAUCUGACGAUAAAGUAGAUGAAGCACGAAUUUUUAACACAAUGGGGUCCGCAUAUUUAUGCAAACCGAAGCUGGAUAGGGCAUAUAUAUUUGCAAAACGUGCUUAUCGAAUGAUGAUUUUUGUAGUUAAAGGAUCUCGUAUCAAGGAUUCAACUAGACCGAUGACAGUUAUGGCUCAUGUUUAUCUUCGCAAGGAGAUGUAUGAAGAAUCGCUAGAUUUCUAUCUUGACGUAUUAGAGAUUAGUGAGAAAUUUUAUGGUCGGAAACAUCUAGACACAGCAGUAGCAUUGAAUCAUAUUGGUAAUGUAUAUUAUGAAAUUCGAGACUAUGAACAAUCAUUGGUUUAUUAUGAAAAAUCGUUCAAAAUUCGUAAAGAACAACUGCCUCAUGUUCAUCUGGAUAUAGCAGCCAGUUUGAAUAAUCUGGGACUUGCUCGUUGGGGGUUGCAAUCUAUAGACAAAGCAUUAGAGCAUUUGCGAGAAUCGCUCAAAAUUAGAAAGCAAUUGCUUCCAUCAGAUCAUAUUAGUAUUAUUCAAAGUUUGGACAAUAUCGCAACCUUAUUAUACGAACAGCACAGAAUCGAUGACGCGUUACAAUAUUUUACUGACGCAUUAUCUAUUCAGAAGAUUUCCUUUAAUCCAACUGAUCGUGUUGAUCUUUUAAGACGUCUAAAACAAAAGGUCAAACUUAUAAGAUUUGCAAGCGAUCUACCAAUGGUCUUAAUUCAAGAGAAGUUGCCUGGCCGAUUAUAUCACACAUACAGACAGGACAACCUUGAAGUCCGCUCAAGAAUGCACGAUGAGAGGAAUAAAUCGGAGCUUAGGUAUGUCACUUUAAAUUUAACUUAA